CAACUACAUAAGUAACUAAAUGAUACUUAUACGGGAUCGCAGUAAAGUAUUUAUUGUCCACCCAUACCCGUCCGCUGUAAAGUAAUAUUCCAGUCUAUCUCUGCUGCUCAAGGCGAUAAGACGAAUCUUAUGCAUUUAGUUUAUAAAAAUUUUGCGCGAAACUGUGAAAAAGUAGUAGCAAAUACUCGAAAUACUCGUUGAAUACAAAUCGAGUUAAUAAAAAACUAAUAAAAACUCUAUUAAGUGCAGUAAAACAAAUAAAAAUGUCCUCGCUUCCAGCCACUUUCGUUAAGGGCAUUCACGAUGAGGAACUUUGUAAAAGCAUGGAAUAUCGCACACUUGGACGCACUGGGUUGCGGGUGUCGAAAGUGGCUAUAGGUACCGCAACGUUAAGCGACUUAUAUGGUGAUCUCAAUGUAGAUGAGGCCAUCAAAAUGACACACAAGGCCAUAAAAUCUGGCAUUAACUAUAUUGAUACGGCACCCUACUAUGGUCAAGGACGCGCCGAAGAAAUAUUGGGUAUGGCGUUGAAGGAUGUGCCGCGAAAGGCUUACUACAUAGCCACAAAAGUGGCACGUUAUGAGAAAGAUUUGGUAACUCGAUUUGACUUCUCUGCGAAGCGAACACGUGAGAGUGUUGAGAAGAGUUUAAAAUUGCUGGGAAUUGAUUAUGUCGAUGUUAUACAGAUUCACGACAUCGACUUUGCUGAAAAUCUCGACAUUAUUGUCAACGAAUGCCUACCCGAACUGGAGAAAAUCGUCAAAGAAGGUAAAGCGCGCUUUAUCGGUAUCACAGGCUACACAUUGGCAGUGUUAAAAGAAUGCAUACUCCGUGCGCCAGGUCGUAUAGAUGUAAUACUCUCAUAUUCCCGUCACACACUGCUCGACGAUACGCUAAAAUCAUAUGUGAAAUUCUUCCAAGACCAUAAUAUCGGCAUUGUUUGCGCUUCAGCACAUGCGCUGGGCUUGCUGACCAACACUGGACCACAGCCUUGGCAUCCUUGUAAUGAAGAGCUAAAAGCAUUAUGCCAGAAAGCAGCGGAUAUUUGUAAGAAAUCCAAUAUUGAGCUUGGAAAGCUAGCCAUGUAUCAUUUUAUGCAAUUGGAUGGCGCGAGCACUUUCGUAGUUGGCAUGGAAACACGUAAGCUGUUGGACAUCAAUCUGGAAGCAUACUAUAAUGGUCUCACCCUGAAGGAACAGGAGGUGUUGAAACUUUUGCGUGAAACCAUUUUUACCAAACGGUACAACUGGGAUGGCAUUGAAUUGGAGGAAUACAGAACAGCUGUAGCCAAGGCGAAGUGAACAGGGAUGCCUUCGUUUUACGCUUACACUACUGUCAUCGUCUUUUAAAAUUAGAUGUAUCGUUUCAAAUACUUCGUUAAAUUGUAAAUAAAAACUACAAGCAGUAAAA